AUGAAUUGUGGGAAAGGUGGGGGAUGUUUCCAUCAUGGCGGCUUCCAUUUCAGGCUACACUUUCAGUUCUGUGUGUUACCACAGCGCUAACAGCAGUUCCGACCACGAAGGAUUUCUCUUGGGAGACGUUAGACAAGAAGAGACAUUCAGCAUCAGUGAUUCACAAAUUAGCAACACAGAAUUUCUGCAAGUUGUAGAAGUCCAAAAUCAUGAACCAUGUUCACAGCUUUUUAGUUUUUAUGACUACGCAGGAAAAAUCAAUGAGGAGAACCUCAAAAGAAUUCUCAAGGAAAGGAGACAAAAUGUUAUUGGAUGGUAUAAGUUCAGAAGAAACACACAGCAGCAGAUGUCCUUUCGAGAGCAGAUCAUCCAUAAGCAGCUGACACAAAUUCUUGGAGUGCCUGACUUAGUCUUCCUUCUCUUUAGCUUCAUCUCCACUGCAAACAAUUCCACACAUGCCCUAGAAUAUGUACUAUUUAGGCCAAACAGAAGGUAUAAUCAGCGAAUAUCUCUUACAAUUCCCAAUUUAGGGAAUACUAGUCAGCAGGAAUACAAGAUUUCAUCUGUACCAAACACAUCUCAGAACUAUGCCAAGGUGAUACAGGAGCAUGGGGCUGAAUUCUUUGAUAAAGAUGGUGUAAUGAAGGACAUAAGGACAAUCUUUCAGGUGUACAGUGCUCUGCAAGACAAAGUACAGGCAGUGUGUAGAGAAGUGGAGCACAGUGAACAGAUGAAAGAAGUCAUUCAAGAAGAAGUAAAUAAGCUUAAAAAGAAAAUUGCUCUCAGGAAAAAUGAAAAAGAGGCAGAAAGAAGACGAAAGGAAGAAAAAGAAGAAAGACAAACAGAAGAGAAAACAGAAGAGAUCUGCUACACCCAGAUGGUGUCAGUUGAUGGCACAGCUGAAGAGCAAAACCAUAAAAUACCCGAUACCUCAGAGACACCACCUCUCUAUUCUGAUGUCAUUGUACAGGACAGGGAUUUAGUUAGCCAGGAAGACAGCGCCGCUUAUUUACCGCGGCCUCAGGCGGUAGGCUCUUCAAGUCAAGCCCCAUCAGUUCCAGGGGUGGCCAAAUAUUUAGGAAACGGAGAUGGUUCAAGUGCUGAUUCUGUACAGUUGACCUCUUCUAGCCAGCUAUUGGGAAAUUUAGCACCAGAGGAGGAGGAGGAGAAUGAUGAAGAUGAAGAUGGUAGCAGUGAGUACGAGAACCUUCCAAAUGAGCCCUCAGAAUCUUCAGAUAGCGACUUCUCACAACUUGCGGAGGGACGUCCAGCUGCACUAAGACCUGAAGGAGAUGCCAGGAACUCUCAGGCUUCUGAUGCCAUCUAGACAAAACAAAAGCACUGAAAAUCAAAUUCUUCAGUAAAACAAUCUAAAGACUAAAUGAGGUGAAAAUUAAAUAAAAAAAAAACAUGCAUUUCAGAUUCUGAAAUUGAAAUGGGUGCACUGACAAUUUUUUAAAAAUCAUUCUGCUGUUUUUUGUUUUCUGCUUUAUUUUGGCCCUGUGGAAAAUUUUGUAAUAGGCAUAGGAAGAAUCAGAAAAAUGGAGUCCUUUCUGUGCCAGGGCAUCUUAAUCUUUUUUUUUACAAUUCUGAAAAUACAAAUUACCAUUGGUGCCACAUUUUAGUGACUUCUGGUUGUGUCAUUAAAAUUAUUUUAGGUUGCACAGACUGGUCCUGCCUUGUGCAGGUUACUCAGUGUUAGCCAUUUAGAAUUACAGUGCAUCCGGAAAGUAUUCACAGCGCAUCACUUUUUCCACAUUUUGUUAUGUUACAGCCGUAUUCCAAAAUGGAUUAAAUUCAUUUUUUUCCUCAGAAUUCUACACACAACACCCCAUAAUGACAACAUGAAAAAAGUUUACUUGAGGUUUUUGCAAAUUUAUUAAAAAUAAAAAAAAUUGAGAAAGCACAUGUAUGUAAGUAUUCACAGCCUUUGCCAUGAAGCUCGAAAUUGAGCUCAGGUGCAUCCUGUUUCCCCUGAUCAUCCUUGAGAUGUUUCUGCAGCUUAAUUGGAGUCCACCUGUGGUAAAUUCAGUUGAUUGGACAUUUUUUGGAAAGGCACACACCUGUCUAUAUAAGGUCCCACAGUUGACAGUUCAUGUCAGAGCACAAACCAAGCAUGAAGUCAAAGGAAUUGUCUGUAGACCUCCAAGACAGGAUUGUCUCGAGGCACAAAUCUGGGGAAGGUUACAGAAAAAUUUCUGCUGCUUUGAAGGUCCCAAUGAGCACAGUGGCCUCCAUCAUCCGUAAGUGGAAGAAGUUCGAAACCACCAGGACACUUCCUAGAGCUGGCUGGCCAUCUAAACUGAGCGAUCAGGGGAGAAAGGCCUUAGUCAGGGAGGUGACCAAGAACCCGAUGGUCACUCUGUCAGAGCUCCAGAGGUCCUUUGUGGAGAGAGGAGAACCUUCCAGAAGGACAACCAUCUCUGCAGCAAUCCACCAAUCAGGCCUGUAUGGUAGAGUGGCCAGACGGAAGCCACUCCUUAAUAAAAGGCACAUGGCAGCCCGCCUGGAGUUUGCCAAAAGGCACCUGAAGGAAGAAAGAAAAUUCUCUGGUCUGAUGAGUCAAAGAUUGAACUCUUUGGUGUAAAUGCCAGGCAUUUGGGGGAAACCUGGCACCAUCCCUACAGUGAAGCAUGGUGGUGGCAGCAUCAUGCUGUGGGGAUGUUUUUCAGCGGCAGGGACUGGGAGACUAGUCAGGAUAAAGGGAAAGAUAACUGCAGCAAUGUACAGAGACAUCCUGGAUGAAAACCUGAUCCAGAGCGCUCUUGACCUCAGACUGGGAUGUGUUGUGUGUAGAAUUCUGAGGAAAAAAAUGAAUUUAAUCCAUUUUGGAGUAAGGCUGUAACAUAACAAAAUGUGGAAAAAGUGAUGCGCCGUGAAUACUUUCAGGAUGCACUGUACAUAGAGAAUCAAAUCAUGCCAUUACCUCUUGCACUAUUUUGCCUUGUUUUUAUGUUUAUUUAAAAUGAAAGAAGGGAAAAGAACUAGCCAGAGGCCUUCAGAGUUUCACUUUUAUGAGCCAAAUUGGUGGAUAUUAUAAAUGAUGUUUUACAGGAGUUAUAAAAUGCCUAAUCGGAACAAAAAGUAUAUAUAUCAUAGUUUCUCCAGCUUGCACGUUUUUUCUUUUGGAGAUUAUUUAUGAGAGUGGGAAUUCAUUUUGGGGUGUGGAAAUACUUUUUAAUUUGUCUUUUUAUCAAUAAUACUGCAUAUUUCUUACUAGGAAAAAAUAUUAAAAGAUAAAUCACCAUGUCCUCCCAUGGGGGUAUGUAGGAUUGAUUUAAUUUUAUUAGGACUUUUUUUUUUUUUUUUUUAAAUUUGGUGGCACAAAAUCCAUCUGUCAUUAUUAAAAAAAAACUGCUGUUUUUUCCGUGGAAUUUAAAUUGCUUAUUUCAUUCUGCUACAGCCAUCAAAACUGUAGUGUUGCCACAGAAACAUACGACCAACAUUGUGCCACAUUUCAGACGUAACACAGAAAUAAAUCCAUUAAUCUUCCGGGCCAACACACUUCCAAAGUUGAUCCUCAAGCAGCAGAUGGUCGGCGUAUUCUUUGCUGUUUAUACCAUUUCCUGUUUACAGUAGUGCGUUUUGGCAAUACACAAAAAGGAAACUGAAUACAGACGUCUCAGAUUUAGGGACUGUUUACUUUGCACCAUUUAGAAAUCAUAGAACUUUGAGGUUUGAAAGGAGAAGGCUCUUUACCACGCAGCUAUUAUAGACUACUGUUGAUGUAAGAUGGGGAGGGAGACAACAUUCACUCGUUGAAUUUGAACAUAAAAUAGCUGAGCACAUUGGGUUUUCCUACAUGUUCAAACUGUCUAGUAGGCAUUUUCACAGUUGAGGAUCCUGCGUAACAAGGUCAUAGUAUUUGCAGUUCCCCACUGCAGGUCAACAUUGGAAACUUUGUUUUCUCUGAAAUUUUCAUUCAGCUGAAGUUUGAUUUGUAUGAGGUAAUAAAUGUGUUUAUUUGGUUUGCA